GACGUAUUGCGACAACACUCCAUGGGCCCUGAGCAUCAUUACCUGUGCCUCUGCAGUAACAGCAGUCCAGUAAAGAAACCAGAGUGAGUUGUGACUUCGAUCAGGAGUAGAAAUUGAAAGUUUGUUGUUUGGCGUGUGACUCCAUCCAUUUGUCAAGCUCUUCUUCUGAAAACAAAGCGGAUCAUUGGUGUCAACAGGAAUUCAUUCGGUGCAUUCAGGAUUAACUUUUCACAUCAGCAUGAAAUUUGUGGCCCCAUCUUGACCUGCGAGUGAUCAUGGCCAAAUCUUGGAGACGGAACUUUUUCGAUUUGGUGGGAAUCUUUUUGAUUUUGAUUGCCGUGGUUCGCGUAUCAAGAGGCUUGGACUCAACCCAAGACGAUAAAUUGCCCAGGAUCGAGCAGAACCUUCUCCUAUCUGAUGAUUCAAACAUCAGAUUACAACGAGCAAUUCAAAGCGGCGAGCAAAACCUCAUCAGGGCAGUCGCAUCCAACUCCAACGAUCUUUCGUUGUACUCCGCUAUUGAGGAGUUCAUCUCUGACGAGAUUGACCAAAUUGAGAAUGAAUUGCAACCUCAGAAGAGCUCGUCUGUGAGCACCUCCAACAUCUCAACGUCGCAACAUAAAUCGAAGCCAAACCGGAAUAAAGGAGGCCGAAUUGGGGAACGAAGGAGCCAAAGCCAAAAGCAUUCACGAAGAAGGAAAACGAAGUUGAAUCGAUCAAGACGACGACAUGUUCGACGGGGUGGAAAUCAAUUCCGAGUCGACAAAACACGCAAACCUCAAAGAAAGAGACACACCAACUCACUCUCCUUGGACGCAUUGGUGGGAAAAGAUCCCGAGGGUCCAUUUGCUGCAGGGGGUGGCACACCCGGCACACCCACCACAAGUUUCAAGUUCCGGCCCCAAGCCAAACUGCCCAAGCGAAGGAGGAAAAAACUACCCGUUCAACCAACAGGGCCCAAAAAUGCCCAAAAUAUGCCCGAACUUAGAAGCUCCGUCUCUCAACACGUAGGAGGCAAGCAAGUGCUGGGACCCGUUUACAAACCCAGGUUAAAGCAUCUCGGAAAGUCGACACCUCUACCAUAUCCGGAAUACAAACCAAGGACUAGGCCCCAAAGACAUCAUCAUUCCCAUCCCGUGAGGUACACGGACCUUGUCAACCGCGACAAGCAUCACCCGAGUGAGGUCGGCCACUUCACUUCAACCCUCAGUUCCGGGAAGAAGUACAAAGGAUUUCGACCCUCUCCACCCGAUCUGUACAGGAACUAUCUGACUCGACCAUCUGAUCCAGACAUCUAUUUGAACACGCACAAUAAUGAUGAUGAUGAUGCUACUAACGUCGACGUGGACGGCAACGACAUUGGAAAUGAUUACCACCCUCACCAAGAUUUCAAACUUCCCUUUCCCACUUCAUUGACGGAGAUGAUUAAAAUCAGUGAUGUGGAGAGUGGUUUCAGUUAUGGACACAAUCUCGAAGAUCACAAGUCGGAAGGACCCGUGGCUGAGUACGGUCCCACCAUUUUCCUGCCCAUUGUGCCACUGUAUAACAGACCCUCAUACACACAUGUUGUUUCGAACCAAAUUGGGAAGGAUACUCAUUCCGCUUUGGUUGAAGAGCGUCCGUUGGAUGACAAAUUCGAAACGCUCUAUUAUCCAGGAACACCCCGAACCACCGUCGAUUACAGCAUUGAUGUACACCACGGAUCAGCGGGCGGAUUCUCGUAUCAAAAGCAAUCUAUUGGAGAAUAGACUGGAUCGGUUCUCACUUUUGCCAUACACAAUAUUCACUUGAACGAAUGAAAAACGGACCCAAAAAGCAAUAAGAUUGUCAAAAAAUUGUU